GUUUAUUUCUGACGUUCCCGGAAGGGCGCCGUAGGAGGAGUGGGGCUGAUGAGUCCGCUUUCAGCGCGCCCGCGGAAAGGAGGAAGCGGCUGGGAGUAAUGUCUUCCCGCCCCGCCUGAGCUGCUUCACCGGCAGCUCCGCGUGAGUAAAAUGAGUGGUGGGUUAGCACCAAGUAAAAGCACAGUGUAUGUGUCCAACUUGCCCUUCUCUCUGACCAACAACGACUUAUACAGGAUUUUUUCCAAGUAUGGGAAAGUUGUUAAAGUUACUAUUAUGAAGGACAAAGACACCAGGAAGAGUAAAGGAGUUGCAUUUAUUUUGUUUUUGGAUAAAGAAUCUGCACAAAACUGUUCUCGGGCGCUUAACAACAAACAAUUAUUUGGAAGAGUGAUAAAAGCAAGUAUUGCUAUUGACAAUGGAAGAGCAGCGGAAUUCAUCCGUAGACGUAACUACUUCGAUAAAUCUAAAUGUUAUGAAUGUGGGGAAACAGGACACUUAAGUUAUGCUUGUCCUAAAAAUAUGCUAGGAGAACGUGAGCCUCCAAAAAAGAAAGAAAAGAAGAAAAGGAAGAAAAUAGUUGAACCAGAAGAAGAACUUGAGGAAGAGGAAGAAAGCGAAGAUGAGGGUGAAGAUCCUGCCCUGGAUAGCCUCAGCCAGGCCAUAGCUUUUCAGCAAGCCAAAAUUGAAGAAGAGCAGCAAAGAUGGAAACAGACUGCAGGGGAACCUUCAACGUCUGACGAUUCGAGAAGACCACGGAUUAAAAAAAGUGCAUAUUUCAGUGAUGAGGAAGAAUUUAGUGACUGAUUUAUAUAUACGUAGAGAGAGUGUACAUUUGUACAGUAUUACAAAGCUGUCUGUAAUAUAGCUUUGUUUUAGAGUUAAAGAAAGUUGCUGCUAAAACUUGUGCUAUCAUAAAUUAAACAAAAAUACUAAUUUCUAAUGAUACUUCUAAUACAAUGUCUGGUUUCAAAUAUCAUGUUUCUGAAUUUUUAAUUUGAGUUUAGCAUCCUGAGUUAGACCUGGAUCCUUCAGCAUGUAACAUUGAGGCCUUAAUGUUUCAGCCCUGGGUAGAGGGACAAACCCAAGGCUUGUGCACCACUUAAGUUCUGUUUGCAAGUGGAGCUUGCUUUGGUCCGUCCUCAUGGGGCUGAAUUUCACCCUCAGUGACCAUUAUUCUAAAGUGUAGGCUGUUAUAAUAGGAUAACUGCAAAAUAGAAUCUAAAUUGCCAACUGCUAUGUUAUAACUUUAGUCAGUGUUUGUGAAACAAUUUAGCAACUUGCUGUUAUUUAAGAGGAACAUUAAAAGGCUUUAUUCUGUUUUUGUUCUGGAUCUAUGUACAGUUUUAGUAAUUAAUCAUUGCUUAUCCUAAAACUACUAUUGAAAAUACAAUCUUUCUGGGAAUCACAAAAGUUAAGUGAGAUGUGGUGUUUAGGAAUGUUGUUUACUGAAAAUCUCCAUGAGAAUUUUUUAAAAAUUGCUGGCAAUUUUAUUUUAAUGCAUUAGAGGAAUAUGUGUAUUUUUAAUGAAUGUUUUCUUUUUUUAAAUAAAUAUUUGAAGACUCUCAGUGG